AUGGACCGCUUCCUGGUGCGCAAGCGUGCAGGGGCAGCUGUCGAGUCCAAAGAGCCCAGCCCGAAGAAGCUGUGCAACGGGAGCCGUGCGGUUCUCCUGGACCCGGCGAAGGUGAUCUCCUGGAAUGUCAACGGUCUUGCCGUGCAGCUGCGCAACAACUGGAGCCUCAUCAAAGACUUUCUGGAGAGGGAGCAGCCCGAUGUACUGUGCUUGCAGGAGGUUCGGCUGCCAGCGCAGGGGCCGAAAGGCUGUAAGCGCAACGAUGGCCAGAAACGACGCCGGAGUGAGGUGAGGUGCGACACAGCACAGGAGAAGGCAGAGUGGGAGUUGGUGCAGAAGACUCUCGUGUCCGCCUGCGCUGCUGACUACAAGUUCCACUGGUCUUUGGCGGACUGGAAAUACUCAGGCACCUUGCUGCUGAUCCGCCGACACCUGGACACCGACGAGCCAGACUUCACCUGCCCUCCCCUGGCCAAGUAUCCAAACCACAAAGAUCCUGCAGACCCCAGGUGGCACCCCGAGGGGCGUGUGAUCCGGGUCCGCUUCGCAAGCUUUGAUCUGCUGGCGACCUACUCGCCCAACAACGGCAACGACCCAGACGCCUUUGCCCGCCGCAGCGCGUGGGACGAUGCCAUGAAGGAGUUCGUGGCACAGCGUGAGCGGCCCCUCAUUUGGAUUGGCGACCUGAACGUUGCUGCACAGCUCGUGGACGUCUCACAUCCUGAUUGGUUCUUGCAGCAGUGCUACCAAGGGGAGCCAGCAAACAUGCGGGGUCAGCCGGGCUUCACGGAAGGUGAAAGGCGGCGAUUCCAAGAGAUCCUAGCUGCUGGUCAGCUUGUAGAUGCCUACAGGCACUUGACGCCCGCAGAGGAUGUGCCGCCGGCGCACGGCCCCCACUUCACCUGGCGCGGGCACCCUCCGGUGCACCAGGCUGUGGCCAAGUACCACGGCAAGGGAAUGCGCAUCGACUAUGCUUUGAUCUCCCAGGAGCUUUUGCCGCGGCUGGGCUCCUGCGACAUCCUGGGCAGUGGCGCCGAACGCUGCGGCUUCCUCGGCAGCGACCACUGCCCCAUCCGCCUGUGCUUGAAGCCAGCCAGCGCCAGCGGCGCCUCCGGCCUGCCUGGGCUUUCGGAGGCAAAGAAUCAGGUGACCGUUGUGGAUUUAGACUGA